CUCCCAUGGCCGGUGGGUUCUCCCAUACAGAGCGUCGGACUAUCAACAAGCUGAUCCUCGAUGAGGACCAGCAGGCCAGCGGGAUCGCGAGGCCCCAGUGUGAGCAUGGGCCUGCUAUGAGGUUUCGACGAGUGACCAAAGAUGUCGAUGGACACGUCGUAUCCUCUAGAGACUUCUAUGCAUGCAGUGCUAUACGCGACCGCAAAAUAUGCCCGUUGUUCGUGUGGGUAGAUGAGCACGAGAAACGACACGCUGGCGACCACCACUCGAUAAAGCGACCCAGACGUGGUGAUGAGCCUGGUCGGGAGUAUAAGAAAACUGACAACAAGGCUAAUGCACAGUACUUCUUCUCUGAGGAGGCAGUCGGUGUGAUACGAGAAUACACUGCCAAGCAUGACUACCACCGAGUCCUCUGUCUGGGCACCCCAGUGAUUCACCAACGCCUUCAAGGCGAUCUGGACUCGUUCCUACUAGAUAUGGAUCCAGUAGUGGUCAAGAAGGCCGCAGACUCGGGAGCUCGGUUCAACAUGAUCAAUGGCUUUUUCUUCGACUCUGAGGGCAGGGAACGAUUCGACGGUUGGCUUGCGAAGGGGCCCGUCGAUGUGGUGGUAGUUGAUCCUCCGUUCCAGCCUGAGUUGAUUCCAGCUAUAUGGAAGUGUGUUAGAGAAGUGCUCAUUGGCUCAGAUGCGUUCGCCAAUGUUGAUGUUGUGUUUGCUUUCCCAUACUUCUCACGGGAAGCAUUGAUGGGCUCUAAGGAGUCCCCCGAGCUGGUUAUGAAUGAUUACCGAGUCGACUACGCCAACCAUAAGACGUACAAGGCUGAUAAGAGUCCGGUUAGGCUCUUUACUCGCUUCCAUGAGCUCACUGAUUUACCCACUGAAUCGUAUAGAGUCUGUGAGAAGUGUGAUGGGCGAUGGGUUCACAAGGCUAAUGCUCACUGUGAUAAAUGUGGGGCCUGUACGACCAUACACGGUAAUAAGCCUUGGUCUCACUGCCUGGCUUGCAAGAAGUGUACUAAGCCUGAGUUGAAGCACUGUAGUGAAUGCCAACGAUGUCUGCCAGUUGGGCACACUUGUAGGUCCUAG